GUGUGUGGUUCGGCUGCGCGCAAGCGCAGUGGGUGCGGCAGCGCUUCCGGGACGGCGCUGUGGGACUUUUUUGGCGCGAGGGCGGUCGACGGCCGGGAGGGCGCGGCCGGCGCUCGGUGUUUUGGGUCCCGGCGGCGCCAUGCGCUAUAACGAGAAGGAGCUGCAGGCGCUGUCCCGGCAGCCGGCCGAGCUGGCGGCCGAGCUCGGCAUGCGGGGCCCCAAGAAAGGCAGCGUGCUGAAGCGGCGACUGGUGAAGCUGGUGGUCAACUUCCUUUUCUACUUCCGGACGGACGAUGCCGAGCCCGUCGGAGCCCUGCUGCUGGAGCACUGCAGAGUCACCCAGGAAGAGCCCAGCGGCUUCUCCAUCAGUUUCAUCGAGGAUCCGGAGAGGAAGUAUCACUUUGAGUGCUGCAGUGAGGAGCAGUGUCAGGAGUGGAUGGGGGCUCUGCGUCGAGCCAGCUACGAGUUCAUGCGGAGAAGCCUCAUAUUCUACAGGAACGAGAUCCGGAAGAUGACUGGCAAGGACCCUCUGGAGCAGUUCGGCAUCUCUGAGGAGGCCAGGUUCCAGCUGGGUGGCGUGAAGGCCUGAGAGCUGGCGCUGGAACGCGCACCCCCCCAUCGUCCCCAGGCCCGGGGUUCCUGGCACAAGCCUGGGUUUGCUGCAGCAGGCUUCAGGAUCCCAGGAUUGGCGGAGGUGGGCGGGGGCAGCUUGGAGGAACAACCCAGUAACUGGACUCUCCCCCCCCCCCCAUCCUGGUGCCUCAGGCCUGCCCCCUCUCCCCCUCCGGACCGGUCUGGCACCCAUUGGUGCCACAUGCUGCUACCGGGGGAGAGGUGUCCCCUUCCAGAAGCUGGGGCCUGGCGGCACCUGGGGCUGCCGCAGCCCUCCUGCCCUGUGCGGGCUGAAUGUACGGAGCUAGAAGAUGCUGUGAAGGGCGUGGGGGCCGUGCCUCCUGGAGCCACUGUGAAUUCCACUCCUGCCGAUGGGGCAGGCCCUGGCUGGGCGCCUGCCGGCGCGGGGCUGGAAGCGCUCGGGCCGGCGUGCUUGUUCUGUUCAAAUAAAGGUACCUCUUUCGUGG